AUGGCCAUGGCUGACACACCCCCGGUUGUACGUCCUGUCCUCUUAUGGGGUCCGGUCCUCCUCCUGGUGGCUUAUUACCCGGCCCUUUUGAUAUACCGGUUAUUCUUUUCGCCCAUGAGCAAGAUUGCAGGCCCGUGGAUCACGAGAAUAUCUGAUAUCCCCGAAGCAACUGCGUUGAAGGACAAAAGACGUGCUGAAUGGGCGAGUGAGCUCUUUGCCCAAUAUCCCGAUUCCGUGGCGGUAAGGACACGCCCGAAUGCAGUGUCAUUUAAUCACCCCGAUGCGGUUAAGGCUAUCUAUGGCCACGGAAAGGGGGCGGAUGAAUUCGGCAAGUCAAGCUGGUACGAUGCCUUCUCGACGACUGGAGAAUCUCUGUUCUCGACGCGGUCAAAGAAGAAUCACGCACGGAAGCGGCGUAUGGUAUCCCAUGGCUUCAGCAUGCAAUCUCUCUAUCUUUUUGAGCCCUAUGUCGACGCUGUCAUGGAAAUCUUUCUUCGGAAAAUGGACGAGUUUGCAAGCACUCAGCAACCCUUCGACAUUUAUUUCUGGUUUGAGCUCUUUACCAUGGACCUGAUGGGCGAACUUUCCUUUGGCCAUAACUUCGGUGCCAUUCAGGGUGGCCGGCCGGUCAAAUACUCCAAGCUUGUGGAGCUUUCUCAGCACUUCGCAAAUCUGAGCGGCAUGCUACCUUUCGGCAAGUACAAUGUGAAAGUCUUGAGCAUGGUGCCAUUGCCAUACAUCCAGAAACUGUACCAAGCGCGGCUUGAAUAUUUGGACUAUGCGAGACAGGCACUGGAGAAACGGUUUCAGGAUAAUCGCAACCAAGUGCUUGGCGGCAAGCCAAGGCAAGACAUCAUGCAACGUUUCAUCGAGGCACAGGACCCAGAAACAGGCGGACGAAUGGACUUUCCAGAAUUACGAGCUGAGGCCUCCUCAUUGAUGGUGGCCGGGGCAAGCACAGGGAGCGUUACCAUGAACUGGAUGACUUACUAUCUCAGCAAGAACCCAUCUGUGAAGGCGCGCAUCAUUCAACAACUCGAGCAGAUGUUCCCCGAUAAUCUCGACGCGUCGACGCCUCUUCCCUUCGCGAUGUUGAACAAGUUGAGCCUUCUAGAAGCUACCGAGAUCGAAUGCCUGCGGAUGCACCCACCCAUCGGCUACGCCAUGCCACGCAUGACUCCACCCCAGGGAGCUAUCAUCUGCGGAGUUUACGUACCGGGCAACGUCGACGUCGGCGUGCCCGCAGCUACCAUUGGACGCAACCCCGUCGUGUACCGCAAUCCAAACAUUUGGAACCCGGACCGCUGGCUGGACGAAAAGGCCGAUCUGGCUACAAUGAAGACUUGUUUCCUGGGCUUCGGCUUCGGGAGCAGACAAUGUAUCGGGAGAAACGUGGCGAACCAGUUUAUCAUCAAGAUGAUUGCGACCUUGUUGUUGAAAUAUGAUAUCGAGCUUGAAGAUCCAAAUCUCGUUUUGGGCACGAAGGAGUUCACGAUUCUCAAGCCGGAUCGAGAAUACAAUGUCAUCUUGCGGCCGAGGAGGCACUGA